ACAAGCUGAGUAAAAUGUCGUGGCUGCUGAAGUUAGAGAAAAUAUAGGAUAAAGAAGAACUUAAAAAAUGGAGAAAGAUAAAAUAUAUUUGUAUUGUAGGGAUUGGGGAUUCUACUUGUAUAAAUAUGCUAUCACUGAACUAACUGGGGAAAAAAUAAGCCCAUUCAAAUAAAAGGAAAAUAACUGUAUGAUCAUCUUGUUUUUUUCAUGCCUACCAUGCCAUUUGAUAUGUGAUAAAGCUAAUCUCUUUAGAAAACAUUCUUAUUAAAACAAGUAUUGUUUACCAGAUUGGGUUAGAUUGACUAGUGGAGCCUGGUUUUAGAAUUUUGUUCUAUUUUUAGAAUGGUACGAUGAAUGUGGUCUGCUGCCAUAGUUCCUAUUUCUUGCUCAUGGAAAAGUUAGAUUGUCCACCUAUUUUUUGAAUGAAAGCUCAUGCAGUUCAUUGCAUGAGUAAACCAGUAUCAUUUUUGAGUGCUAGGUAGCUUUUGAAAACAUUGAAAGCUUUGUUUAUAGCUUUAUGCAUGUUUCUCAACAUUUUUUAUGCUAUUAUUCUUGAUCAUGAUAUCUUUACUCCCUGAUGAAUUGUUGCCUCAUGCAAGACCCACCAUCGGUUCUUGUUGUGUGAUUGUGUAAUAUGUUGCUACAUAACAACAGCCCAAGGUCCUGUCUUUCAGAAAUUUCUAAGUUUGUGAGUGGACUUGAGCCAGAAGACUCAAAGCAGUUCUACUAUUCAUAGCUCUGUUGUUAGAACCAAGCAGUGGAAUUUUGAUUUACAUCUUGUGUGUUCAGGGAUGGGGAGAUCUGGGACCUCCAAGAGCUUUAGCCAAUUCUUUAGUCAUUGAACCAAGACCUCAUGGCUGUCUUCAGGACUCAUAGAAUGAUUUUCUCUUGGUCUGUUUCUAUUUUUGUUGUGGAGUAUGUUGUCGUAAUAUUUAUUUCCUAAUGGGAACUGAAGAUAUUCAAACUUGUGCUUUUGAAACUGUCCAUGUAAAUAUUUUGGUCCCUACUGUGCUUGCCUCGAUAUUCCUUUCUUAUUCCCACUCACUAAAAUUCUUGUAUGACAUUUUUGUGUGUAAUGGAGGUUAUUUUAAUCUCAUUCACCAUAAAGAAAUCCAAGUUUCAUUU